CCUCCCCUCCCGGCUCUUCUCUUCCCGUUGAGGUGGCGGCCGGCCUCGCCUCCUAGUCUGCUCCGUUUUUUCCUCUCCUCGCUUCUUCCCUUUCCCGGCGGGGCCUCAGAGCGGCCGGACUUCUCGCUCCCUUCUCUACGGUGGCCUCCAAGCCCCUGCGUGAGCUCCCUUCCCCACCAUGAAUGAGGAAUACGACGUGAUCGUGCUGGGCACCGGCCUGACGGAAUGUAUCCUGUCGGGAAUAAUGUCAGUGAAUGGGAAGAAGGUCCUUCACAUGGACCAGAACCCGUACUACGGAGGAGAGAGCGCGUCUAUCACGCCGCUGGAAGACUUAUACAAAAGAUUUAAGCUACCAGGACAACCACCAGCAUCAAUGGGGAGAGGAAGAGACUGGAAUGUUGACUUAAUCCCCAAGUUCCUUAUGGCCAAUGGUCAGUUGGUGAAGAUGCUGCUUUACACAGAGGUCACUCGCUAUAUGGAUUUCAAAGUGAUUGAAGGGAGCUUUGUGUAUAAGGGAGGAAAAAUCUACAAGGUUCCUUCUACUGAAGCAGAAGCUCUGGCAUCUAGCUUAAUGGGGCUGUUUGAGAAACGCCGCUUCAGGAAGUUCCUAGUUUAUGUUGCCAACUUUGAUGAAAAAGAUCCUAGAACUUUUGAGGGUGUUGACCCUAAGAAGACAUCCAUGAGAGAUGUGUAUAAGAAGUUUGACCUGGGUCAGGAUGUUAUAGACUUCACUGGCCAUUCUCUUGCACUGUACAGAACAGAUGACUACUUAGAUCAGCCCUGCUGUGAUACCAUUAAUAGAAUUAAACUUUACAGUGAGUCUUUGGCCAGAUAUGGUAAAAGCCCAUACCUUUAUCCGCUGUAUGGCCUGGGAGAAUUGCCACAAGGAUUUGCAAGGUUAAGUGCCAUAUAUGGAGGUACCUACAUGUUGAAUAAACCAAUUGAAGAAAUCAUUGUAGAAAAUGGAAAAGUGGUUGGCGUAAAAUCUGAAGGAGAGAUCGCUCGCUGUAAGCAGCUCAUCUGUGAUCCGAGCUAUGUAAAAGAUCGGGUUGAAAAAGUGGGCCAGGUCAUCAGAGUGAUCUGCAUCCUUAGCCACCCUAUCAAGAACACCAAUGAUGCCAACUCCUGCCAGAUCAUCAUUCCACAGAACCAAGUCAACCGGAAGUCAGACAUCUAUGUUUGCAUGAUCUCCUUUGCACAUAAUGUGGCAGCACAGGGCAAGUAUAUUGCCAUUGUGAGUACGACUGUGGAGACCAAGGAACCAGAGAAAGAAAUCAGACCAGCUUUGGAGCUCUUGGAGCCAAUUGAACAGAAAUUUGUCAGCAUCAGUGACCUCUUUGUACCCAAAGAUUUGGGAACAGAAAGCCAGAUCUUUAUUUCCCGUGCCUAUGAUGCUACCACUCACUUUGAGACAACCUGUGAUGACAUUAAAGAUAUCUAUAAGAGGAUGACAGGAUCUGAGUUUGACUUUGAAGAAAUGAAGCGCAAGAAGAAUGACAUUUAUGGGGAAGACUAACAGCAGUACAGAUGACAUAAUUAGGACAAACUGAAAUAAUGUGUAUUGUAUGAAAUCAAUAUUGUAAGCCCUGCUUUUAUGAUCAAAAUGGAGAUUGAAGAGUGCUAUACCAGUGAAUACUCAUUCCCUUCACUUUUCUAAUAUCAUGUAUUAACUUGUUUUCAUGGAAUGGCUAGUCAGAAUUUGUUGGUUCUGUAACCAGACUGGAUUUCUUCUAGUGAAGGAGCUGUUCUAAACAAAUAUUGGUCUGGACAGA